AUGGAAAAGUUUAAACCGUUAAUAGAUGAAUGGGCAGCCAAAGUAAGUGCAAAGGUCCGUACAGAACCUACUAAUGUGAUUCACUUGCCUUCAUUCCUACUGGGAUGCUUUGUAACGGUAACGAUCUUUAGUCUUAUCCCGGUAAUGAAACUAUUUUUGGGUAGUUUACUAUCAACCGUUGUUACACUACUCAAAUAUUUGGUUAUUGGAGGUGGUAUUAUAGCUUGCAUAAUGGUUAUUACAACCAGGGGUGGUGAAGACACAAGUAAGAGCAAGUCACUGCGACAUGACAAACAAGAGUUACUACCAAAGAAGGAACAGAUUCCUAAAGUUAAACCUACUGCGGUUCCACAGCCUCUUCCACAGGCUACGGUGUAUCCUCCACAUGAUGGAUCAGGUUUAGUUAAAGAUGAUUUUGAAGGCAUUAGACAUUGCGACAUUUCAAUCGCUAGUUCACAGCACCAAAAUCGUAGGAAGGUUCCUACAGAUGAACGCGCAUAUAACAGUUUUAUCAAUAGGGCUGCUAUGAAGAACGUUGCUGGAUGA